AUGGUUAUGGAACCUUCUCUUUUAAUUCUAGAUGAACCCACUUCCGGUUUAGACAGUUCUUCUUCUCAAUUACUUCUUAAAGCUCUUCGUCGUGAAGCCCUUGAAGCUGUUAAUGUGUGCAUGGUUGUACACCAACCAAGUUAUAGCUUAUUCAGGAUGUUUGAUGACUUAAUCCUUCUAGCAAAAGGUGGACUUGUUGCAUACCUUGGACCUGUAAAAAAAGUGGAAGAAUAUUUUUCAGGAAUUGGGAUCGAUGUUCCAGAACGUGUAAAUCCACCAGAUCAUUAUAUUGAUAUAUUGGAAGGAAUGGUCAAAUGUUCGGUCAACUACAAAGAGCUUCCGGUCAAAUGGAUGCAUCAUAACAGUUACCCUAUACCCCUAGACAUGAGAGAUUCAGAUUCAUCUGAAUCCGGUCAGGAUUCUGUUGGAGGUUCAUCCACCUCAGCUGCCCACCAAUCUUAUGCAGUGGAAUUAUGGCAGGAGUUUAAGCUUUUUGUUCAAAUGAAAAAUGAUGAUUUUUUAAGUUAUUUUAAAAGGAGGAAAGAUUUGUCUAAUCGUGUUACCCCGGGUGUACUUCGACAAUAUCGAUAUUUUCUAGGGAGGGUGGCGAAGCAAAGAAUACGAGAAGCUAGGCUACAAGCUGUGGAUUAUUUGCUUUUGUUGAUAGCUGGAAUUUCUUUAGGAACACUCGCUAAAGUGAGUGAUGAAAACUUUGGGGCAGUUGGAUAUACUUACACCAUCAUUGCUUUUUCUUUACUCAGCAAGAUUGCGGCUAUGAGAUCAUUCACAUUAGAUAAAUUACAAUUCUGGAGAGAACGCUCUUCUGGAAUGAGUUGCUUUGCAUACUUUUUUUCAAAAGAUACAAUCGACCAAUUCAACACAGUAAUAAAACCCGCAGUUUACCUCUGCACAUUUUACUAUUUUAACCCUCCAAGAUCCUCCAUCGUCGAUAAUUACAUCAUCUUACUUUGCUUGUUGUACUGUGUGUCUGGGUUCGCUUAUGCCCUUGCUAUCUACCUCGAAGCUGGUUCUGCCCAAUUAUGGUCGGUGUUGCUUCCUGUUGUGUUGACCCUUAUUGCAACUCAAGAUGAUGAGAAGGGAUCGAUUAUACCUUUUAUAAAAAAGUUUUGUUACCCUGCUUGGGCUUUGGAAGCAUUCUUGGUAGCUAAUGCCGAAAGGUAUCGGGCAGUGUGGUUGCUGACAAGAUGUGCAGCAAUUGCGAAGAGAGGUUAUGAUCUGAGGGACUGGAAAUUUUGCUUAAUACGAUUAAUGGUGGCUGGUUUAGCUUUUCGUAUUUUAGCUUUAUUUUUAUUAGUAGCAUUCCAGAAGAAGUGA